AUGUGGCGCCUCCUGACGGCAGCCGCCCCGCAAAGGGCGGCGACCUCGCGUCUGGCGGCGCCGCUUUUGUCGCUCCGGCGCGUUCACGAGCGGCCGUUUCUCGACCUGCCGCCCGACGUUUCCCAAGGCGAGGCGUACGACGUGGCCCGCGACGCGCUGGUGCAGCUCAACGUGAUGGUGCGACGCGGCAUUGAGCCGGACGCGCUCAUGUACACCGCCCUCAUCGCCACGAUGGGGCGGGCGCGGUUGGAGUGGCAGGCGUACAAACUUUUCUCCCGCAUGCUGGAGCAGGGGGUGCGGCCGCUGCCGGAGACGUACGUCGCCCUGCACGACGCCACCGCCCUGUCACGCCGGCGUCUGCGGCAGGACCUGCAGCUGAAAAUUGAGGCGUCGCUGGAGUCGUUUCCCACGGAGCUGGCCGAGGCGGAGCUGGCCAACCGCCGUGAGCAGGACCGGCUCUGCGUGCAGAAGUUCGAGGACUACAUGAGGGGCGUGCUGCCUGCCGCGCCGCCGCCGCAGCUCUCAGACAUGCCGAGUGCGGCGGUGGAGGGCGGAAACGGCCUCAAGAACGGCGUGGAACCGCAGGCGGCGGCGGCGAGAGGCGGGCACGAGCAGCAAGAGCCGCAGCCCAUUGCAACGAUGCACAUUCGAAACCCAACUGACGCGUGGAGCACGGCGCAGAUGAUGGAAGAGCAGCGGGAAAGUCACACGCAACGUGCACACGGGCGUGACAACAUCGCCUCUCUUUACGAAGAUCUUCACCGCCUUCACGAGGAGGAGCUGCGAAUCUUCCUUGCGGCGCAACGGCAGCUGCGCCACGGCACGAAGGAGCAGUUGGUGCGCCGCGUGGUGGACACGGUUCCGGAGCGAAGUAUUCGAGAUAUGUUGGAGCGGCGAAAACAUUACUUUCGCUCCGUCGCACACGUCUUGGAAAACGACAUAAAUGCGCUUCGCCGCGAGGACGGUGGGGCCAGCGGUGCCGCACCCCCGCAUGGCAUGCACCCCCAGAUCUCUACGGCCGAUCGUACAUUGACCGCCGCAGAAAAGGAGACUGUGGCGCCGGAGGUGUUGCACACCCCAUGGGGGCUUCUGCGGAAGCCGAUGAAGCGUCAACCGGACGCGCCUGCGCCGCGCAGCAUGGAGCGACUGCAGCGCAUUUGCCUAUCCGCGGAUGAGCUGCAGCUCAUUCGAAGCAAAGGCGAGACAGGCGACCUCGACGAGCUACCGGAGAGUCUGCUGAGACGCUACGCGUAUGAGUUCAACCUGGCCUGGAAACGCCGUAUUCCACUCUCCCUGCUGGAGGCCGUGCAGUGGCACUGCACGACGUUCCUUCCGGAGCGGUUGGACGGGAAGGUGGUGGUGCGGCCCACCCCCGCCCUUCGCUUGCAGCAGGAGGAGGAGGGAAUGCACAAGACGUUGGAGAAUUACGAGGCCUUCCGCAUCAUUUCACAGCGGACGAACAACCUGCAGGUGGUGGACCACAAGGAGAUCAAUUUGCACCUCAAAAAGAUACAGCGGGAGUUGCUGCGGAAGGAGCGCCGCGCGGAGGAGACACUUCGGCGGGAGCGUAACCUGCUGGACGCCGCCACCCUCGCGGCCUCGGCAAAGUCAUUUAGUCCGCCGGGGGAGGCGCUGCCGACCGCCUCGCGGGUGCUUGGAACGAGUGGGGAGGCGAGUGUCGUCAGCCCACAGGCCCUGCCGUCCGAGGCGUCCACCAGCGUGGGCGGGGAGGCCUCUGCACAGGACGACGACGGUGAGCUGCCGCCGUGGGCCCUCUUCGGCGGCGCAGAGGAGUUUGACAUCUCCACCGGCCGCUUCGGUGACCCUGACGUGGGCCGCUACCAGGAGCUUAGCGACGGGCGCUUCAAGCUGCUGCCUUCGCGCGAGGCACAACACAAGUGGGCGGUGGACCGUCAACUUUUGCCCGGCCCCCUGCAGGACAGCUUGCGGAGGGCGGAGUUGCAGCAGCAGCAGCGCCACGAGGCGGUUGAGACGCGCUACCAGCAAAAACUGCAGUACAAUCGUUACCGCAAGUGGGACGCCUUCCUGCGCAAGGCCCAAGAGAGGCGACAGCAGGCGGAGACAGCCAGAGAAGGCGAGGGUGACGGGGAUGAUGUUGUGCGGCCACUGCCACCGAAGCGGCGUCUCUCGCAGCUGCUGCGCAAGGGCCGCGAUAAGGCACCCGUGGAAGGCGCAGUGAAGGCCAAAUACAUCAGAAGUCUUUAA